AACCAAUAACUUCUGAAUUGGCGAGGGUUAUGUUUUCUGCUUCUGAACGUGGAACCAAACCCUGUCUCUUGUGUCUCUCUCACCGUGAUUCGUAACAAACACUGCAUCAUCAGAAUCGUUAUAGAUCGCGGUGGCUCCGUUGGGGUUAGUUUCUCCCCUUCAAUCUCUCACCUUCAUGUUGAAAACAUUCAAAUCCUCAACCAAUGUGAGUAGGGUCUCGCUACUUCGCUUCAAAAUCCCUUUUUUCCCACUUUGCACAACUGCCCCGGGCAGCAAUUUGCAUGAUAAUGAAUGUGAGAGUAGUGACACUGAGACAGAGUGGGAGAGAUUGCUCAAACCCUUUGACCUCAAACAGCUUAGAAGGUCACUCGCCCCAAUUAGCCCUUUUCAGCUUUGUAAAUUGCUGGUGCUUCCUCUAGACAUUCCCACUUCAAUGGAACUGUUUCAAAGGGCUGGUGCCCAAAAGGGGUAUUGCCACACCUUUGAUGCCUACUGUCUCUUAAUUGAUAAGCUUGGGGCUGUUGGGGACUUCAAAGUUAUUGAAAACUUGUUGAAGCAAAUGAAAGAUGAAGGAGUUGUGUUUAAGGAAUCACUCUUUAUUUUGAUCAUGAAGCAUUAUGGGAAGGCAGGGUUGCCUGGCCAGGCAACUAGGCUUUUGUUGGACAUGUGGGGUGUUUAUUCCUGUGACCCUACUUUUAAGUCCUAUAAUGUUGUGUUGCAGAUUCUGGUUGAUGGGAAUUGUCCCAGGGUAGCACCUAAUGUUUUUUAUGACAUGUUGAGUAGAGGUGUUUCUCCCACCGUGUAUACCUUUGGUGUGGUCAUGAAAGCCUUGUGUAUGGUUAAUGAAGUUGAUUCGGCUUGUUCGCUUCUCAGGGACAUGGCGAAGCACGGGUGUGUUCCAAAUUCUGUCAUUUACCAGACCCUGAUUCAUGCUCUCUGUGAAAACAAUAGAGUGAGUGAAGCGAGGCGGCUUUUGGAGGACAUGUUUCUGAUGUGCUGUGAGCCUGAUGUUCAGACCUUCAAUGAUGUCAUCCGUGGCCUUUGCAGCGCCGGUCGGAUUCAUGAGGCAGCGAAGUUGGUUGAUCGAAUGUUUCUUCGAGGUUUCAGCGCAGAUGCUCUCACUUAUGGAUAUUUAAUGCAUGGGUUGUGCAGAAUGGGGCAAGUUGAUGAAGCAAGAACCUUACUGAACAAAAUUCCCAGUCCCAACACUGUGCUCUAUAAUACAUUAAUCAAUGGAUAUGUUUCUAGUGGAAGGUUUGAAGAAGCCAAGGGUCUUCUGUACAAUAGCAUGGUAACUGCGGGUUAUGAACCUGAUGCCUACACGUUUAACAUAAUGAUCGAUGGAUUUUGCAAGAAAGGGUAUUUGGUUUCGGCCCUUGAAUUUUUAUCUGAGGUGGUAGCAAAAGGCUUUGAGCCCAAUGUGAUCACGUACACCAUAUUGAUAAAUGGUUUCUGCAAGCAAGGCAGAUUCGAGGAAGUGGCUAAAAUUUUGAAAAGCAUGUCAGCCAAGGGUCUGAGUCUGACUACAGUUGGGUACAAUUGCUUGAUCGGUGCACUGUCAAAGGAUGGGAAGAUUGAAGAAGCUUUACAACUGUUUCGCGAAAUGUCAACCAAAGGAUGUAAACCUGACAUUUAUACUUUUAAUUCUUUAAUACAUGGACUGUGCAUGAAUGAUAAGAUGGAACAUGCCUUGAGUUUGUAUCAUGACAUGUUCUUGGAGGGUGUCAUUGCUAACACAGUAACGUACAAUACGUUGAUUAGUGCACUUCUUAUGAGAGAUUCAAUUCAGCAAGCAUUUAAGCUUGUCGAUGAAAUGCUAUUUAGAGGGUGUCCUUUAGACAGUAUUACGUAUAAUGGCCUUAUUAAAGUUCUGUGUAGAACUGGGUCAGUUAAAAAAGGAUUGGGAUUGUUUGAAGAAAUGUUUGGGAAAGGGAUUUUUCCAACCGUUAUAACUUGCAAUAUUUUGAUCAGUGCCUUGUGUAGAACUCGAAAAGUAGAUGAUGCUAAAAAAUUUCUUCGGGAAAUGAUUCAUCGUGGUUUGACACCAAAUGUAGUCAGUUAUAACUGCCUGAUCAAUGGUCUUUGCAAGAUGGGUCGUGUUCAAGAGGCACUAAACUUUUUUAAUAGGUUACCAGAUGAAGGAAUUUGUCCUGAUGAUAUUACAUAUAACACACUGAUCAGUAGACACUGUCAUGAGGAUAUGUUUAAUGAUGCGUGUCUGCUUUUACAUAGAGGCGUAGAUAAUGGGUUUAUUCCCAAUGAAAUCACUUGGUCAAUACUGAUAAACUAUUUUGUAAAAAAUAUGGCACGGGGAGCAAGACUUUCUAAGGAUUACAUGGUGGAAUUUGGAGCUUCUUCUCCGUCAAGCCAACAUAUUGUAUCGAGUAUUGAUCUCAUUUGAUUUGUCUUUUGGCAUUCUGAUGUCUCUGAAUUUUGAUCCAUUUUCUACUCUCAUGGGAAAUUGGGAGUCCAGCAUUUUACUGUGACUUGUUUUUAAUAUUUAUGAGUCGUAUUGCUGGUUGGAUUUUGGAGUUUGCACAAGUGCAUAAUGGGGAAAGACUAUUCUGCGUUAUCUCAUCAAACAUAUCGAAGUUAUCUGUGGAUGAAGCAUAAACAUUCACUUUUUAUUAAGUAUCAGUAGAAAGAGAGGUAGUUUGGCUGGUUCCACUUCUUUUUAAGAGAAACACUACCUGUUGGGGUGGGUAAGAAGUCACAGGGUUCGUAGUUGGUUGCUCCCCUGGACUAGCUUGAAUUAUAAGGACAAAGCGAACUGGCCUGGGAUAAGGAACUGUCACAGCCGCUGAGUUGGUGUAUCUGGAGGUGUGAUGACUGCUGCAGACGAGCUUGGAUUUGAGGGGAAAACAGUGGUAGGUGAGUUGUUUGUGUCUUCUACUUUUUCUGAUUUGGACUUUUUAAAGAAAUGGAAUUUUCAGCUAAGCUUUCAUAUGAGAAGAAAUCAACUGACUAGUUGGUGUUGGUCAGACUGCUGAAAAAUCUUAUAAUCUGUUACCAAAAGUUUGAGUUUGGGACAUUUGAUUUUCGAGAGGAAUGAAGCACCAACAGAUGUUGAAGGUGAGGUGUUUUGAUUAAAACAAAGACAAACAUUCCACAAUGAAGCACAUGGACUUGCAUGUAAUACAUCACACCACUAUAUCAAUAUUUAGUUUGAUUUUAUACUGAUGAAGGUUAGCUACGUGACAUAAAGGAACUAAAAGUUACUAUCAAACCAGUCAUCAGGGCUCGGUAUAAGGACUAUUACUCUGUGGGUUCCUCUGUAUCUCCUUGUCUUUUCUCUGUCAGUAUAUCAGUUUCUCUUUGAAAGUACUCAUUGCUUUUAUCUUUACAAACAAACAUGCCAUGUUUAACAAAGAAGUUUUUUCAUAACAAGUAUGUCGUGUUCGGGGGAUUAUCAAUAUCGAUAGCUUUCUUAAUAUCUUGAUUCUUUCCAUACCCCUAUUUUGUCCUUGUUCUCGGGUUUUCUUUAUUUAUCUUCUAUUGAUAGAAGUUGACUUAGGAGGCUAAAGUUCACCCUGCUGGAGAAGACAACUUAGCUAUAUACAUACACACACAAACACACACACAUGUAGAUACAUAUAUUCUAGAGAAGAGUGCCUUCUAGCACAUUCCUUCGAACACACACUCUACCGUUAGUUGAAAUUUAUUUGAAAUUACAAAACCAUGGGGUGGUCAUUAUAUAAGAAGUGAGACCCACCAAACUUCUAGGGGAUAUCUGACUUCUUUGAACAGUAUAAAGAGUUCAAUGAAGUAAUUAAUUUCUAAUUUUACUUCUCCAAUUUCAUUCUUGUUCAUUUUCUUUUUCUUAUGUCAUUCAUAGAUGAAUGUGGUGAUGUUAGAUAGUACUUUGGGUUGGAUGUACAGUGUUCUGUGUUGUAUCAGUAAAGAAACGAAUAUGCUGCUAUUCACAUGCAGUUCCCAAUCAUUAUUUUGCUGGUAACUGCAUAUAAUUCCAUCCCAAUUUUAACCGCACUUGAUUCAAUCAGUAUUUCACAUUAACUUUUGAGUACAUUUUCAUUGCUUUGAGACUACCGAAAUAGAAGUCAAUGCAGAAGUAUCAAUUACAUGCAUAUCUUCCCAAAUAGCAGAGGCUAGAACAAAGAUGCUGACUAAAAUUUGAAUAUAUAAGCACUUAAUUUUAUAACUUAGCUGAUUCCUGAUUCUGCGCAGAAACACUUACAUUUGACAAUU